GUCACCUCCGUCCGUCUGCCGACCCAGACGAUGCUGGCCUCCAGACAGCUCCGCCUGCUGCGCCAGCCGCUGCAGCUGCACGCGCGCUGGGCCAGCGCGCUGGCGGACGCGGCCGACGCGUCGCCUAUCCUCACGCCGGCCGCGCGCAAGCUGGCCUUCAAGGACGAGCUGCAGCAGGCGCGCCAGCGGGCGCUCGAGGGCGGCGGCGCCCAGCGCGUGGCCCGGCAGCACGAGAAGGGCAAGCUCACGGCCCGCGAGCGCAUCGAGCUGCUGCUGGACCGCGGCUCGUUCCGCGAGUUCGACAUGCUCAAGUCGCACCGCUGCUCGGACUUCGGCAUGGAGACGCAACAGUACCCGGGCGACGGCGUCGUGACCGGCCGCGGACUCAUCAACGGCCGCCUGACGUUCGUCUUCAGCCAGGACUUCACCGUGUUCGGCGGCAGUCUGUCCGAGACGUACGCCGAGAAGAUCGUCAAGAUCAUGCAGAAGGCCAUGGAGCUCGGCGCGCCCGUCAUCGGUCUCAACGACUCCGGAGGUGCCCGCAUCCAGGAGGGCGUGGCCUCGCUGGCCGGCUACGCGGACAUCUUCCAGCUCAACGUGCUGGCGUCCGGUGUGAUCCCGCAGCUGACGAUGAUCAUGGGCCCGUGCGCCGGCGGCGCCGUGUACUCGCCCGCCAUGACCGACUACAUCUUCAUGUGUCGCGACUCGUCGUACAUGUUUGUGACUGGGCCCGAUGUGGUCAAGACCGUGACGAACGAAGAGGUGACGCAGGAGGAGCUGGGCGGAGCGGCCACGCACACCAAAACGUCCGGUGUGGCCCACUGCGCGUUCGACAACGACGUGGAGGCCAUUCGCGAGAUGCGUCGCUUCUUCGACUUCCUGCCGCUCAACAACAAGGAGAAGCCGCCCGUGCGCAAGUCGGAUGACGACCGCAACCGACCCGUCCCCACGCUCGAGAGCAUCGUGCCGCCCGACCCGAACGUGCCGUACAACAUGAAGGACAUCAUCAACCAGAUCGUCGACUCGUUCGACUUCUUCGAGAUCAUGCCCGACUACGCCAAGAACAUCAUCGUCGGCUUCGGCCGCAUGGAGGGCCGCGUUGUGGGCAUCGUCGCCAACCAGCCCAUGGAACUGGCCGGCUGUCUCGACAUCAACUCGUCGGUGAAGGGCGCUCGCUUCGUGCGCUUCUGCGACUCGUUCAACAUCCCCAUUGUGACGCUGGUGGACGUUCCUGGCUUCCUGCCGGGCACGGACCAGGAGUACGGCGGCAUCAUUCGCCACGGCGCCAAGCUCCUGUACGCGUACGCCGAGGCGACGGUGCCCAAGAUCACGAUCAUCACGCGCAAGGCGUACGGCGGUGCCUACGACGUCAUGAGCUCCAAGCACCUCCGCGGCGACAUCAACUACGCAUGGCCGUCGGCUGAGAUUGCCGUCAUGGGAGCCAAGGGCGCCGUCGAGAUCAUUUUCCGCGGCCAGAACGUGGAGGAGAACACGGCCGACUACGAGAAGAAGUUCGCUAACCCCAUGGUGGCGGCCCAGCGCGGCUUCGUGGACGACAUCAUCGAGCCUGUGAACACCCGUCGCCACAUCUGCGAGGACCUGGACAUGCUGGAGACCAAGGACGUCAAGAACCCGUGGAAGAAGCACGGCAACAUCCCGCUGUAGACUCCGUCGCCAUGCAGCGGUAGCGCUCAUCCGCUUUCCCCAGAAACUAUAACCCGUUCCAAUCUAACUCUUCAACGUCGUCUACCCAGUCU